CUCGUCGAGGACCUAUUGAGGGCAAGAAGGGUAUUUUCUACAUGAACCGCAUUGGACCCUCGGGAUCGCAACUCUGGAUCUCCAACUCGGACGGUACCAAUGCCACCAAGCUCAUGGGCAACCAGACCAAUGCAUUCGACUACCACCCUUCAUGGUCGCCGGACGGUCAAUGGAUUGUCUUUACCAGCGAGCGCCGCGGUCCCGGCCAGUCGGAUCUGUACCGGGUUCAUCCUGACGGCACGGGACUAGAGGUGCUGGCAGACACCAACUCCGUGGAAGACAUUGGCGUCUUGUCACCUAAUGGAAACAAGUUGGCAUAUGUGUCCACGGCUGGCAACUACACUACCAACAUCUGGGUCAAGGACCUGACAACCGGACUGGCCAACAACCUGACGGACACCGCAUCCACUCGGGCUGACAACAUUUACCCUACUGGCCACUUCCGUCCGUCCUGGUCCCCUGACGGCGAGUGGAUUGUCUUCAGUUCGGAUCGCAACACCGACUGGACCGGCCACAGCGAGGGCGUCGGUUGGGAACACACCCAGACCCUGGGCCUGUACGCCAUCCGCCCCAAUGGCAGCGACUUCCACACUGUCAUCCGCCAGUCCGGCUACUCCCUGGGUACUCCCCAGUGGUCGCCCAAUGGAAAGCGCAUCAUUUACAACAAUAUGACCACAGAGGACACCUACGGCUGCCACGGCGUCUCUGCCCAGCAGGAAGCCAUCGAAGCCCAGAUCUACAGCGUCGACUUCGCCACCAGCUCCAACGUGAUUGCCCACACCUCCGGCAGCUACCCCAAGGUCGGCCAGCACUACAUCGGAAACUCCACCAACAUCGGCUACCUGAUCAAAGCCGGAGACUAUGAGGGCAUCCACUACACCCAGCCCGAUGCCACCCACCACGCCUUCAACCUAACCUACCUCCGUGACCCCUCUUGGUCCCCCGACGGAUCCAAACUCGUCUACUGGAUCCCCAACUGGACGCAACAGGCCGCCGACCUGGAGCUCUGGAGCUACGACACUGACUGGGAGUACCGCUACAUGGACGUAUUCCCGAUGCACAACACCGUCGUCAACCGUCUCGCCACGACGCAAAAGGUCCUCGGCAGCGCCAACGGCUCCCUCGUCCACUCCUCCCCAACCUACACCGACGUCGUCGACGCCCUCGACUCCUACGACAUCUACAGCCUAAACAACUCCACCGAGGUCGUAUGGCUCGAGGAAGGAAACUCCGGCGCGUUCCAGCCGUCCUGGAACCCAGACGGCACCGAGCUGGUCUCCGGCUUCGGCGCCUGGUUCGUCAGCCGCACCGAAGCCGAAGCCCGCAUCUGGCACGCCUUCGCCAACGGCACCUACCAUACCAACCUCACCGACGGUACCGACAACUCGGGCUUUCCUUCCUAUUCCCCAGAUGGCUCCGCCAUCGUCUACCGCAAGUGGAGCCUCGAGACCGGCGUUCCCCAGGGCCUGCACAUCCUCAACUUCACCACCGGCCAGACCCAUCAACUCACCUCCGGCUGGGAUAACACCCCGGGCUGGUCUCCCAACGGCGAACGCAUCGUCUUCACCCGGAACAACAACUGGACUGAAUCCUACGGUGCUCGGUGGUACGCUGAUCGCUUCGAUAUUUAUACCAUCCGUCCUGAUGGAUCGGAGUUGAACCGUGUCACGGAUAGUUUGUCCAACGAUGCUCACGCCGUCUGGUCCAAAGACGGCCGCAUCAUGUGGAGUACCGGCAUGUACGGGUUCAAGGACGAGAGCGCACUCUUCGAUAAUACCUUCCAGCCCUACGGCCAGAUCAUGGUCAUGAACUAUGAUGGUACUAACAAGACGCUUGUUACGGAUACUAUAUGGGAGGAUUCGAUGCCGUUGUAUAUGCCUAAUGAGUAUCUGGAGUAGAUACCCUGAGUGUGGAUGAUGGUAUAUGCUUUUGUUUUGAAUAGCUGUAUAGUUAUGAGGGGGAUUGUAUGUAUAGC